UAAGAUUAAGUGGAUCAGCUGGCAUGCUUUGUGCUUUGUGGAAAGAAGCUUAUUUAAAUUAAGAGGGCCAGGGAGUCUGUGUCUCAGUCCAGAAAGAAGAUGGGUUCCACAGAAGACCUUGACUAUCCUCAAAUCAUUGUGCAAUACAGCAGUGGAUUUUUAGUCUCAAAGGUUAUGUUCACUGCCUGUGAGUUGGGGGUGUUUGAUCUUCUGCUGGAGUCAGGAGAACCUCUGUCUUCAGAUUCCAUUGCUUCGUGCUUGGGUACCAGCACCACUGGGAUGGAAAGACUGCUGGAGGCCUGUGUGGGACUGAAGCUUUUGGCAGUAGAGGUGACACAAGAAGGAGCCCUCUACAGAAACACAGAAAUUUCCAACGUCUACCUUACAAAAUCAAGCCCAAAGUCUCAGUAUCAUAUGAUGAUGUAUUAUUCCAAUACAGUCUACUUGUGCUGGCAGCACCUGACUGAAGCUGUGAGAGAAGGAAGAAACCAAUAUGAAAGAACUUUUGGCAUUUCAUCUCAAGAUCCUUUUGGAGCAAUGUACAGAUCAGAAGAAGAAAUGUUAAAAUUCAUGGCUGGCCAGAACUCGGUAUGGAGUAUAUGUGGCAGAGAUGUUCUUGCUGCAUUUGACCUUUCUUCUUUCACACAGAUCUAUGACCUGGGAGGAGGCGGAGGAGCUUUGGCCCGGGAGUGUGUUUCUUUGUAUCCCAAUUCCACAGUCACAAUUUAUGAUCUACCAAAAGUUGUGCAAGUGGUCAAAGAGCAAUUUAUUUUCCCUGAGGAGCGUCAGAUCGCAUUCCAUGAAGGAGACUUCUUUAAUGAUUCAAUUCCUGAAGCUGAACUGUAUAUUUUAUCCAAGAUACUGCAUGAUUGGGAUGAUGACAAAUGCAAACAACUGCUGGCAAAAGUCUACAAAGCUUGCAAACCUGGUGGUGGAGUGCUGCUGGUUGAAUCGCUUCUGAAUGAAGAUAAAAGUGGGCCUUUAGAAACCCAACUGUAUUCGAUGAAUAUGUUGGUCCAGACAGAAGGCAAAGAGAGAACAGCAGCAGAGUACAGCAAGCUCCUUGAGGCAGCUGGCUUUGGAGUGAUCCAAGUCAAGAGGACUGGAAAACUCUAUGAUGCUGUUCUAGGAAGGAAAUAAUAGUACACCUUUUAUGUACUUAACAAGACAGAAUAAGCGGGGAAAUAUGCUAUUCUCUUAGAGGAGAAUCAUCAAUGCAGCUUUUAGUUAAG